AUGUGCUUCUCUAUUCGGCAGCACAGCCGUCGCUCGUCUGCCAAACCACCCGUACCUGACAACCGGCCAGGCGGCCGAAACGUCCUGCGCCUGCUCGUCGACACAACCACCCUCAUAUCGCCCACCCACAAUGGCCACCAUAAACGGCGGCUGGUCGUGACGACCAAAGACCUCGCCGACGCAACGGAGGCCUAUCCAAACAGCCCGGUUAUUUCUCUCGGCGAUACGACCCUCGCGCGUCUCGAACACAUCUUCCGCGAGCUUUGCGGUCGCUCGCCGACGUUUUACAAAGCCCUUCCAGCCGUCUUGGUGUCUUCCCCGUCGCUCUCGCGACGGCAGCUGGCUCGCUUCUUUGAGGAUACACAGGGUGAAACGCUGGCUGUGCCUCUAGAGAAAGAACGGUACAAGUUUGAAGAGUUCCUCGAGGUCUGGUGCUACCAGUAUGGCUGGGCCGCUGCGCGGCCACCGCAAGUGGCCGAGGUGUUAGAUCUAUCGUUUCCCAUCUCGCACUACUUUAUCAGCAGCAGCCACAACACGUAUCUGGUCGGCAACCAGCUUUCGUCUGAGGCGUCUGUCGGCGAGUAUCAAAAGGUCCUUGAAAACAACUGCCGUUGUAUUGAGAUUGACGUCUGGAACCCGCCGACAAAAGCCAGCCGACAGACCACCGGCCGUAAGACCGCCAACAAGCCGUCAAGUCACCGCCGUCAUCUUUCAUCGAGCUCUGUGGCCACGUCUAUACACGAAAGCUUCGAGGCCAUCUCAAAUUUGCUCGCGACGAAAAUCUCGCGAAGCCGUGCGUCGAGUUUCAGCCAGCAGAGCAUCACUGCGCCCACCCAUAUCGAAAAUGCCGACAGUGACGGUGGACCACCAUGCUCCAACGCCCUAGAACGGGAUGCGCUGGCCAAGCUCAAGGAACGUGACAGCACGCUUGUCCCGGAGGAGGCUAUUGACGGGGACGAUGAGGGUAACGAGACGCAUGAUGCCUCGUCGGCUGGAGACGGUUCAGAAACACCACAGACGUCACAGGAUCCGUCUGAGCCCACCAUUGCCACGAUUUCGGUUACAGCACCCGACACCGAGAUUGCCAUACCGGCAGAGGUGCCAGACAGCAUUGAAGCGACCGGUGACGACGAGCCUGUUGUCAUGCACGCGCACAACAUCCUCUACAGCGACUGGACGCUGGGGACGCACGUUCCUUUCCGUGACGUGUGCAGGGCUGUUCGCCACACCGCCUUUCGAACCAACACGCUGCCCGUCAUCGUGAGCCUCGAGGUACACACAAACGCCGUGCAGCAGAGAAAAAUGGUUAAAAUCAUGAAAGAGGAAUGGGGCGAGUUCCUUCUAGACCAGGCCCUGGAAGGGACUGAUCCGCGCCUGCGGCUCCCCACACUGGGUGAGCUUCAGAAUAAGAUCCUCGUCAAGGUGAAGAAACCUUACACACCACAAUGGACAUCGGCUGGAACAAACAACACAGCCAGCUUGCAAGGGCUCGGCCUCGGCGCAUCACUGACGGUCAUGUCUACAAUGGAUAACAGCGGUGGCACAUCAGGUUCCGAGGACGACUUGUCAUCGACAAAUGUUAACGUGGCCGCCACCAAAAACUCUCGCAUCACUGAGGAACUGGGCAACCUCGCUGUUUAUACAGAAAGCCGCCACUACCACUCCUUCUCCAAUCGGGAUGCAAAGCUGCCGUCGCACAUCUUCAGCCUCAGCGAAACGACCAUCCAAGCACUGCACCUCAAGAACCACGAAGAACUAUUCUUGCACAACAAGAAGUACAUGAUGCGGGCCUAUCCGAACGCGACGAAGCACGUCACAAGCUCCAAUCCUGAUCCGGCUUGCUGCUGGCGUCGUGGCGUGCAAAUGGUGGCUCUCAACUGGCAAACAUUGGACAAGGCGAUGAUGCUGAAUCACGGCAUGUUCGAAGGAUCCAACGGCUGGGUCCUGAAGCCGCCCGGUUACCGCGGCGCGCCCACAGCUACGGGCACUGCUGCUAGCAGUGUCGCUGGUGACAGUGCCAUCGCAACGCCUAUCAAUAUGACCCCACGGACGACAAAAACACCAAUAUCAAGUCCGAACCCCAAUAUCGGCUUGAGAUCCAAGAUCUGCCCUGUUGGCACGGCCGAGCCAGUCCAGACCAUUGACCUUUACAUCACCAUCUACGCCGGUCAGCAUCUGCCGUUGCCGCCAGCAUUCCAAAGGAAGCAGAAAAAAAAGCUUGGCGGCGUGGCCAACAAAACAUCGUCCACAGCCGGUGUGGUCACGGGACGUGGGCAUGCACACUUCCAGCCAGUAGUCAAGUGUGAGCUGAAUGUGGAGCACCACGAGGAGCGCUGUCCAGAGACGGUUGGGGCGGCUACGUCGCACCCACUGUCGCACUCGUCAACACCGCCGAAGCCCAUCACAAGACGCGCCUCAUCCGUCGCCACGGCUGUGAGCGCGUCCCAGGCGGCGACAACAGCAACAGGGUCGCCGGCCGCGGCCGCGGCACUCAAGCUGGCCGCCUCACAGGUGCAACUCCCUGAGGCUGUUCUCAAGCAGAAGACGUCGCCCGGUGAGACCGACCACCCAGAUUGGGGCGUGCAGGGCGAGACGCUGCGCUUCCGAAAUAUUACAGGCAUCGUCGAGUCGCUGAGCUUUGUAUCGUUCUGUGUCGAGGACGAGGGUUCGAAAAACACACAGGAACGUGCCAAGCUAGCCGCUCUCGGACGAAACGACACACUGGCCGGAUGGACCUGUAUCCGUCUUGACCGGCUCCGGACGGGCUACCGCUUCGUCAGCCUGAUGGAUGCCCGCGGCCACCCGACAGAGGGUAAGCUGCUGGUGCGGAUUGAGAAGCUCGUGCGAUAG